UAAUGCCAGUCAUUUGAUUUGCACAUGGGAAAUGUAGUGUUACCGACAGAGCCCUUUUCGUUUGAUGCUACCGACUGGGAACAGUUUACCGAUUGAAAUUCAAAUCAUCCAAAAAUUGAACUUUUCGCGGUCUCCAUCUAUUCGAGUUUUUGAUCCGGCUUUUGUGCUUUUUACGCGAAUUUUAGCUGCUUUUUACCAAUUCCAGUCGUUGGCUUAAAAUAUCUCAUGUUGGUGAGCCAAAAUGGAAUCAAAUGGAAACAAUGAGGGAGAUUUCGGUGAAAUUGUCUUAGAUGGAAUGGAAGUUGGCGAAACCCACUAUGUUUAUCAUGAUCCUGAAAUUAAUUUAGAGAACCAUCCUCAGUACAAUAUAGUGAAUUUGAUGAUUGAAGAUGAAACAAGGGCUGUGAUAGUGAAUGGGGCUGUCGUGACUGCAGAUGGACAACCUCUGAUUUUGCACAAUGAGGAAGAUUUAAGUCAAUAUUCCAUUGACGAUGCCACAGAAGAAGUCGUGAUAUCAGCGGAACAAGGAAACCAAAUAUUAGAACUGAUAAAUUCGCAAAACAACCAAAGCGACAAUGAAAGUGUUGUUCACUUCGUUCAAAAUGAUAGUUCAAUGAAUCAAGAUCCUGACCAACAUGUAGUGUAUAUUCAAAACCCCAAUAGCAUUUUGCCCCUGCAUCCUCAAUAUCAAAUAGCAGAGCUUGAUACUGUGGAAUAUAACGAAGCCAUGCAAUUGACGAAACUAGAAACUGAUCAGAUUUUGCAGGAAAUUGAUGGUUGCAUUGACCUGGAGCACUUAUUGAUAGAGCAGGCGGACGUCCCUAGUACAGAAAAUGGAAAUUGCCGAUAUGCAUUUCUAAAGGAUGGGCAGUUGCAUGUCCAAGGUAUAAAUGGCUCGAUAACUUCUUUUAGCAUGGAGGAAAGUGCGGAGGAGAGAAACGCUCAAAGUACAUUGGGUCAAAAGUCAAAUUCCAACAGUGUCGAUUCACUUGAUGUUGGCUCCAUUAAAGGGCAAAGUAUGAAAGCAGAUCAGGCUUUUCCAGUGUCGCGAAAAACUGAUAAAUCUGUAACGCGAACAAGAAGUUAUACCCAGACUAGUAGUCAAAGCGAUGCCAACAAAACAAAAACCUCACCAAGCUUUUCGAAUCUCAGAAAGCUCAUCAACACAAAAAUCACAAUCGGACAAACCGCUGAAGGGAAAACUAUUGUUGGAAAAAUUAUCAAUGUGAAGAAAAAACCUGUGGAUUUGGGAACUAAGAAAGAAAGGAUGACCCCUUUAACCAACUGCAAAACUUACCCAACUGCAAAACAGAAAAACUCACAAAUGUCUGGAAUAACUAAUGAUUCAUUAGAACAUUCUAGGAAAGAGGCAAUAGAUUCGGUUAAUAGUAAGAAAAGGCCAGAUAAAAUAGCAACAUCCAAAUCAAAUUCUACCUUAAAAGUUCCCAAUCGUUUAACGUCUGCAACUAAACAAGAGCAAUUAGAUCAAGACAUAAAUGUAGCCAAUCCAGAUUCAGGCAUAAAAAAUGUAAAUGUGGAAACACAGGUACAGUUACUUAAAAAUCCUUCUAAAAUGCGCACUAAUAGCAAUCAAAUACGUGCAACUACCCCACUGCCCAGUCGUGUAUGUAGUACAAUAGUAAAAGAUUCCAAAUCGCCACAAACCGACGAUCAAACACACAAGGAAAAUGGUCAAAGUGAUAACACAGACGUUUCAGCGAAAUCCAGUGAGCAAUCAAAAAUAAUUGUUCAGAAAAAAAUGAUAUCAAAAGACGACGAAAGUUUUAAUUUCAUUGCAAAGACUCUGUCUGGAUUGAUGAAUUUGGAGAGCGUAGUCAAAAAAUUAGAGAACAAAACGAUUAUAGUUAAGAUCAUGCAAAAAGUCUAUGACCAUGACUCUUGCAAAUACUCGAAAUCGAUAUCCUACUGCAGCGGUUGUAUGGUUAGAGAAUUUACAGUGAACGAGACACAAGACAGCUUUUCGGAAUCAUGGAAUUUUAUUUCGGACAGUAACUCAAAAGAGACAAUUUUAAAUGAAUAUAGCUUGGAGACUACUUUGAAAAACGCCACUAAGAUGAAAAAGUUUGCAAAUAUAACUAUUCAAAUAACCACCAAUCUAGAAGGGCAACAAACAACAAAAGUGAUUCUAAACCCACCCGCAUUGUUGCAAUGUAAAGGCUGUACUAAAGCAUUUAGAACCAGCGCCCUAUUGAAAAUGCAUUCUUUGAGUUGUCCACCAGCCCUUCAACCAGAAAACGUUAGUGAUCCAGUUGAAAUGAAAUCUGUAGAGGCUCCUAAAGAUGUUUUGGAAAACAAAUCAAUGCAUGGUUGCGUGGAGUGCAAUCAGAGUUUUACAACAUCACAACAAUUGCAAAAUCAUAUGGACAUGCAUUAUAAGAUGAACAUGUGCCCCAUAUGUAAACUAAAAUUGUCGAGUGUGGCAGAAAGAAAUACGCACUUGAUGACGCAUUCGGAUUCCGAGAUGCCACAGGCAUUGGAAUCAUCAAUGGAAGAUGAGAAAGGGGAUAAUAAUCAACCAUCUAAUAAUAAGAAAGGAUAUACUUGCCACAUUUGCAAGAAGCAAUUUUCUAGACAUUCGAAUAUGCAAAGGCACGUUGAAAUUCACAAAGAGGAAGGCGCUAUAUAUCAGUGUGCGAUAUGCAGCUGCUGUUACCACUACAUAUCAUCACUCACUAGACAUGUACUGUCGACUCAUGUAGAUCCAGAAACAAAUGUUCUAGAAAACGGUCCGUCGAAUGAAACUGAGUCUAACGAUAACAACAGUCAAGAUGAUCAACAAGAGGCAAUUUUCCAGGAUGAAGAAAUUGAACAGAUAGUUGAUUUGGAUGAGAUGGACGAAGGAUACUUGCAGCAGUAUGUAGUAGACAAUUUUGAAUUAGAAAAUUUGAAGGAAGAUGAAAUACAAAAUAUGGAAAUCCAGUAAAUGAAAGCCAAACGAAAUCCAUUUUAAGUUAAGUGUCGUCAUUACGUAUAUCACAACUAAUAAUAUACGGGAGAUUAUAGUCACACUGAUAGUUAUUGAUUCUAGUGAUUUAAGGAAAGUAAAAUGUGACUGGAUAACUUGGAAAUUGAAAUAAAUUUAAUUAAUCACUGAA